AUGGAUACAUCAGACCACAAAGCUUUCCUAAAACGUUUAACAAGUAACGCUACAGCAAGAAACAUGAUCGACUUGCUUUUGGUCAUUACAAUUCUUGUAUUACUCCGCACUGCAGCUCCAGUUAUUCGAGGCGAAUGUGAUGGUAUGUUAUUGUUAUGACAUAUGCUUAAUUCUUGCAUGUUUUCAUAAUUUGCGACUGUUAACGUUUAGAGUCGUUGGAAUCAGAUCAAAGCUUGGUACCUUCAUUUUCGAACAUUGGAAUUUAUAGGCGUAAUUUAAACCAGGUGUCUAGUGACCAACAGUCAUUUAAGCAGUUUUCAGAUCACUAAAUGACCGACAUUCCGUCUCCGAUCUGAAUUUGCCUUAUGUUCAGAUUUGCUCCUAACGGUAGACAAGGAAUAUAGAUGUUUGGGAAUUAGGUUAAAACUAUUCAGUGUUUUGAAAACCUUAGUGACGGGCAACCAGCCUUAUAACCACAGCCUAAUUUAAAAAUAAUGGACAAAUUUAAAAUGACUAAGCGAAUUUUUUUCGUCUGUAAUUCGCUGCCCCUAUGCGAAAAAUUAAACACUCAGAAAAAUACAUUUUUCCCAGAAAGGUUUGAUUUCAAUAUUUUUUCUUCGUAAACUCAUAUGAUCUUGUUUUGAAUAAAGUGUUGCGGCUGUAUAACUUAGUAAAUAACUCUACAAUUAAUGCAACCGAGUUUCGUAACGUCCUGGCACGGCCGUCUAAGCCCCUCAGCUCGGCGAGGUAACAAGGGAUACACUUUGGCAGGGAAAAUCCAAACCUUCGUCUAGGUUUUUUAUGCCUUUGAUCGGGUUUUAUUUUUACUCUGGGUAGACUAUUAGUCUCCGUAGCAAAUGAAAACUAAAACCCGUAAGCCAUGCUUUGAACAUGAAAGCUGGAUCGUGUCUUUAACUCAAGCCCUUGGGCAAAUGAAAAACGUAUAUUAAAUUAUUCUGAAACAAAGCGGAAGACAUAAGUCUUACAAUAUCAUAGACAUACAAAUGACAGUCAUAUUUUUUUAGCUUCUCUUCCUGCUAAUCUAAUGAUAUGGCCAGAUAAAGAUAAAAAUCACAUUCUUUAAGCAUUAUUUGGCUGCAGUAAGUAAUUCCUACUAGGGUUAGUUUAUCUAAUCGUGUAUGACUUCAAUUUUUAUUGACUGAAAAUUAUUUGAAAAUCCAGGAGGGAACGUUGACGAAAAAGACAGAGAUCAUAACUCCAAGUGCAAUAUACAGGCAUCUUGCAUGAAACUAGAAAACAGCUCCAGUGUUAAGUGUAUCUGUCACGUCGGUAUCAAAGAAGAUCCUAAUGGCAUUAGAGGUAAGACAAUAACAAUGUCCGUCAAACAAAAACCAAAUUCACAGGCGUCUGAAAAAAAUAAUUAUUACAAAGGUGGACAAUCUUUAAAUGUAUGUUAAGCCGGUGAAUACUUAAAUAGAGAGAGUACAAAAGUAAAUGCAAGACGCGAAAUCGUUACAUUACAAAUCAGAUGUACAAUGAUGACAACGCUCAAACUCAACAGCCCAUGGAUGUACCCUUUAAUUUCCAAAAUAUUGUUUUUCCGAAUUUAAGAUCCCUUUGGUGAACAAAAUAGAGGAACUCACCCGUCUGAAUUGGGACAAAAUCAGUUCAGUCAAGGGAUAACAUGACCAAGGGGUAAAAUGAGAUUCAUAGCCAGUUUAAGUAGUUCUUUGUAAAUAAAGAUGUUUGUCCAAAUUGUGCUCAAAUGACUGGCUCGACGCAACGGAAUCCGGUUUCCGGAACAGUGGAAAUUUUUGCGGUGAAUUCUGGAAUCCAGCAAUUUUGGAUUCUGGAUUCCGCGCCAUAGAUUCCGGAUUCCAUGGCGUGGAAUCCAGAAUCCAAGACUGUCUUGGAUUCCCUUACGUUGGGCGAAAUGACUCCCAGAAAAGCUAAAUAAGACUGUGGGUCCACAGAGCUUGUUUAGCAGUUUGAGUGCAUCUGAAACAGAUCUCUUGAAUGUACAGUGAGAGUGACGUUAUGUUUGUUGCUUUAUUGUGGUUUCUAGGUACCGUCGAGUGUGACCCCGGCAACAAUAAUUCAUUCCCUGUACGCAAGAGUGACGUUUGA